UGCAGCCUGUCAGGCGGUGGCGGCGGCGGUUCCCGCUCUCCCCUGCACGUCGCCCGCCUUUCCGCAUAACUUCCGUCAGCUCGGCAGAAAUGAGCGUUCGGGCGUUUUGGCUGGUGGGGCUGGAGAGGGGAGAGGCGCCGUCAGUGAAGUUCUCGAGACAAUAUCCAACAGUUGAAAAAAGAGCCAAGAUUUUCAAUGGAAAAAGCUAUACAGAAGUGCCAGAAGACAGGAUCUUUCUUAGUGCGCUGUUAUGUGAACUUGGUAUGACUGAUCUGGACAAGAACUUUGUGGAACACAGAGAUAGCUGUUGCAGAAUAAAUAGGACAUCCAUUUAUGAAAUUGCUGUUGGAGAUGGUAUUCUUUGGCCUGUCCUUGUAAUGACACAAAAUUCAAUCCUCUUUGCUUGUCUUCCUUUAGUUGAACAGUCUUUGAGUCCCCAUCCACCAUUAAUAAACCUACAUGGAAUUUCUGCUGCAUUUGCAUUACUAACGGGAUUAAUGGCCUUUCUAAAUUUGUCACAGAGAAAUGAGUCAGAAGUUGCUACUAAGGUGGCUCAGCUCCCUGCAAUGUUGAUGCAUGCCUGUCCAUUGGGGACUCCAACAGAUACUGAUUUUGGAUUGAUGCAAACCCUCUCUGGAAGCCAUGGUCCCCAGAAUUCAGUCUCAUCAGUACAAACCCAAAAACAGCCAGCUUGGAAGCCUGGUACAUACAAAGGGAAACCACAGGUUAAUGUCUAUGUCACUGAACAAAUUCGGUCAAUGCAGUAUGGCAAGAAAGAUGUAAUUGAUGUAUGGCAGGAGUACGGAACUGUAACAUGUAAGUGUGAUUUGGAAGGAAUAAUGCCAACUGUUACUGUGAGCCUGAAUUUACCCAUCAAUGGAUCUCCUCUCCAGGAUAUUCUUGUGCAUCCUUGCGUCAGUGUUGUUGAUUCCACAAUCCUUACUUUUAAUAGUGUUGAUGAUAUGGAUGAUUCACUGUUCAAUGGACCAUACAAGUUUCCCUUCACACCGCCGUUAGAUGUAUUUAAACUCUGCUGCUACACCUCCCAAGCACCAAUCCCUCCAAUUCUUGGUUUCUAUCAAAUGAAGGAAGAAGAGCAACAAUUAAAGAUUGCAGUCAAUCUAAAACUACAUGAAAGUGUCAAAAAUGGAUUUGAAUAUUGUGAAGCUCACAUUCCCUUCUUCAACAGGGGUCCAAUUAUAAACACUGAUUGUAAGGUGAGCCAUGGGCAGCUGGAGGUGGCACGAGAAAAAAGCUUACUGGUUUGGAUCAUUGGUCAGAAAUUCCCAAAGUCGUUGGAAGUAUCUUUAACUGGUGCAGUAAUGUUCCCUGAGGUUGGUGCUACAAACCAUUCAGUGCAGCCAACUGAUCCAUUCUGCGUCGGACUUACAGCAUAUGUUAAGCUUUACUUUCGAAUCCCAGAUUAUACAUUGACCGGUUGCUAUGUGGACCAACAUUCAGUGCAAGUAUACUCUUCAGCAAAACCUAGAAUCAUCACGUCCAAAGAGCUGCUUUCUUCUGAGUACUACAUCUGGAACUCUAAAGGUGAUGCACCCAUAGCCAGCAGAUCCUUACCAUCCUGAUGCAGUUUGGACAAACAGAUGGACGAAAGUUUCAAAAUUAUCCGUUGCCACAAUUAAAGAAGAAACAGCUGCAUUUCAAAGGGAUUCCGAUUCUAGAAGCUUAAUCGUGAUUGACAAGCCCUUCUUAUUCUGGGCAAUAAGAAAACUCUGGGAGUCCUUUCUUCUACUGAAACUUCAAUCAUUUUCAAAAAUUAUCUCAUUUGGAUUUCAUUCUAUUCCUUUUAUAACUAUUCUGCUAUACAAUUUUACAAAGUUGAAAGAUGCUUAGUAUUUGCAGUGUAUAUGAAAUGCAUUCAUCCCAAGAUUGGUGCCAGACCUAUAUUGUUGAUGGGGAAAAAGCUAAAAUCCAUUUAGCUUCACAACACAGUUAUAAAACAUUGUGCAAAUCCUGCACACGGUCUUCUGUCACAACACUUUUAUCUAUGUACAUAAAAGCAGCUUGCAGCAUGCUAUUCUAUAAGGUAAAAUGUCCAGGAAGUGUGCACAUUAAAGCUACUGUUUUAAGUAUUUUCAUGGCUUUUUGUAAAGGAGACAGCACUUCGUCAUGUUGAGGAGUUGUAAGUAGAUUAGUAAAUGAAUUCUAGUGUAUAGCCUUGUUUUUGUCAACUGUACCUUUUCAAUAAUUAUUCUUAAAGGUACCAGCUUUUGGCUGUACAGUUGUCUUCAAUUGUUAUCUUAUAAUGUCUGUGUCAGGUUAGUACAUAAAAGCUAAAUAAGAUUCAAAAUAAACUACCCUUUUUUUUAAACCAUUAAUAAGAUAGCCUUUAUUCGCAGUUCCCCUUACAACCAAAAGUAGGGCUGAAUCUUUCUGAUGUAGCCAGACAUCUGUAACUAAAGUAAUCCUAUGAGUGCAAACAGUGAAAAUCUAACCAACUGCAGAGACCAUCACGGCUAAAUCAAAUCCUACCUUUGCUUCACAUUCAGGCGUAGAUGUUAGCAGGGAUUGCCGGACAGUCUCUGCUGCAGAAAUCCCGGAGGUUUUCGUCCUUCUUCAGCCAUAAAGUGUCUGGGGUCAAUUGUAGGAUCCCUAUAUCCAUUCCAACUAAUAUAAUGCUCUGGUGAAGUACACUAGGAAAUAUAUUUAUCUUGUGAGCUAAGACAACAGCAAAUAAAGGCACUUAAAAGGAUACAUGGAGGCGUAAUUAUCUGCUCAAAUUCUAGCUAAAUUAACAUUGGAAUAAUUUCACAAGAGAUAAAGAUAGAUAAUGAUGGCUGUAAACUUCAGCAGAGAUUGAUUCCGGUUCAUGAUGUAAGGGGCACAUGAAUGAUCAGUGCAAAGAAGAUUGUCAGAACAAUGCUUGGCACAUGUCUGAUUAUAAUGACCAAUACUCCGAGGCAAAUGAUUUAAUUAUAAACCUACUAAUUUCCUUUUGUAUAAUGAAACAUAUCAUGUCUUUGGCACUUGUAAUUUUCAUUGUAUUAAAACUCAUAACUUUAAUUUCCUAUUUACCGCUAAUGUAUUAUAGUUCUGAGUUUGAAAUUAUAACAUGCAUGCAUAAAAAUUAGGUAAUAUAUAUUUUAUAUUGUCAAAAAGCUGUGCAGUGUUUAAAAAUAUCUACUAACAGUGUAUGUACUUUCCAAAUUGAUGUUUAUAUAAAACAGCCUUGUAUUUUAAUUACAACUGAAAAGUCUGUUUUGUAAAGGAAUGGUCUAUUAUCCAAUUUUUUAGUUUGCUGAAACAACCCAACAUCAGAUCAGUCCAAAUUUUAGUCAUAAAUUAUUUCAAUGACAAACUUCACCAAUUUUACAUAAUAUUUUGACAACUACCCACCCCUAACCCUUCCCCUAUCCCUAAACUCCUCAAAUCUCCAUCUAAGAAAAUGUCGGCAAUAUAUGUCUGGUACCCAAUAACGACUCCUUGUUCAAGAGUAGAUGACUGGUUCCCAGAUCACUCUGCAAUUAAUGAUUGUGAGAACAGUCUGCAAAUAGCUUGUUUGACUUGUCCCUAAAUAUCUUCUUUCCAAUUUGAAGAUACUUCCCUUUAAUGGUUUAACUUAAAAUAAAUUAUUCUCAUGCACAAAUCCUAAUCAACCAUGCCUUUCUAUUUAGCCAUUUCUAUUCAUUUCCAAUACACCUAGUG